AUGGAGGACGAGCAGCAGGAAAAAGGCAUGUAUGCCAUCUUUGUGCAUGCUGGUGCUGGUUACCACUCCCGCGAGCACGAGGCUAAGCACCUCGAUGCCUGUCGCUUUGCUGCUCUGGCGGGAAUGAAUUUCCUGCGUAGUGGUGGAACCGCCGUGGAUGCCGUGGAGGUGGCCAUCGCGAUGAUGGAGAAUGCGAUUAUCACCAACGCUGGCUACGGCAGUAAUCUGAAUGCCAAGGGUACAGUUGAGUGUGACGCCUCUAUCGUUGACCAUUUUGGUCGCAGUGGUGCUUGCGGAGCUGUUCCAUCCAUCAAGAACCCAAUCAUGCUUGCUCGCAAGAUCUAUGACCAGGCGUACAAGGCUCCUGGCUUGCAACGUGUCCCACCAAAUCUCCUUGCCGGAGAAGGGGCUGCAGACUUUGCCUGGACCAAUGGGCUCGUUCUUGUUCCGGAUGAGCAUCUCAUUUCGCCAAGUGCAAAGGCCCGCUGGGAGUCUUGGUGCAAGGAGAUUGUUGAAUGGGAAAAGGAGUGCCCCGAGGAAGCUGCCAAAGACCCAUUUGGUGCCUGGAUUCGUAGUCCAGAGGCCUCCAAGGCGACUCGUCUCGCUCAAAUUGAAAUGGAUCUAGAGGCUCAGAUCAAUGGCCCACUGCGCACUGCUUCUGGACCUAGCAAGAAUCCCGAAGUUUCCAACCCGCUGAAAGUUGGAACUCUGUUGGAUUUGGACGGCUCUCGCUCGAUCCCGCAGUCUGAUGCUGCCUCGCAGGCGGGUUCCAUGUCCAACAAAUUUGGUUCCAUCGGCCUUGAUCAAUCGGCGCCCGCCGGAACCUUCGAUGCACCCUCCCAAGACGCGGAUGAACCUAUGGAUGACCCUCGCGAGGACCAAGAUAUGAUCACAGAUACCGUGGGCGCCAUUGCCAUUGACAUGUUCGGGAACAUCGCCGCGGGAUCCUCGUCUGGAGGUAUUGGUAUGAAGCAUCAAGGCAGAGUGGGACCUGCAGCACUCAUCGGUAUCGGCACUCAUGUCAUCCCAGUCGAUCCAACCGAUCCCGAAGGGACAACCGUGGCUGCUGUCACUUCUGGAACUGGCGAGCACAUUGCCUCCACCUUCGGCGCCAGUACCUGUGCCAACCGUGUCUACUACAGCCAGCAGAGGGAUCAUGCCGGCAGUCUCACCGAUGUGAGCGACGAAGAGGCCAUCAGCAUGAUGAUCAAGAAUGAAUUUGCAGAACACCCUGCUGUGGUCAACAGCGAGUUCACCGGCUCAAUUGGUAUCUUGUGUGCCAAGAAGACUGUAGACAGCAUCGCAUUCCACUUCGCUCACAACACCGAGUCCUUUGCUAUCGGAUCGAUGUCCUGUCACGACGAAGCACCCUCCUGUCUCAUGUCUCGCAGCCCUCGUCGUGGCACUGUCGCCCAGGGAGGAGUCAUGAUUCGACCUCGGAAGUAG